GUUCAUUUGAUUGCUAUAUAAUCAGAACCAGAGGGAUCCAGUGCACACAGCUGGACCCAUCUCCAGGAACAAAGAGCUGGAAACCAUCUUCAGUUGGAGGGACUCUUCCAGAUUUUUGAGCCUUGUUGGAAGAGAUGAUGAUGGGCCUGGGUCCCCUGUUGUUGGUCUUCAUGCUGGGGCCCUGUCUGACCCCACCGACCCUGGCUCAGGAUGACUACAGGUACAGACACUUCCUGACUCAGCACUAUGAUGCAAAUCCACGUGGCCGGGAUAACAAAUACUGUGAUACCAUGAUGAGCAUACGAAAAUUGACUUCACCCUGCAAAGACACCAACACCUUUAUUCAUGGCACCAAGAACAACAUCAAGGCUGUCUGUGAAGACAAGAAUGGAGUGCCUUAUGGGGCAAAUUUCAGAAGAAGCAAGUCUCCUUUCCAGGUCACUACUUGCAAGCUCAGAGGAGGGUCCAACCGGCCUCCCUGCGAGUACAAAGCUACAGCAGGGUCCAGAGACAUUGCUAUUGCCUGUGAACAUGGCUUGCCUGUCCACUUUGAUGAGUCCUUUUACCGUCCAUAGCCAGCAGGCCACUAGCCCAGAGUUGGCUCUGCUCUCUAUCCCUGGCAUUUCCCCUCCACACUCUAUAACAGGGGUGGCCGCAUUCAUUGCCAGGGGCCCAGAACAUGAGCUGCCUGGAUCUUUUGUUUUCUGUUUUACAAUAUAUUAACAAAUAAAAAUGUCUCGGAAAUCAGUAAGAAUCAAAGUCUUCUCAUC